AUCUCAAAUGAUUCUCUCUCUCUCUCUCUCUCUCUCUCUCUCUCUCUCUGUAAUUAAAUUCAUUUAUUCCGAGAUUUUGCAUUCAAUUCGGAUUCAAUAAAUUUAGCUCCGACUGUUACAUUUUGGCUGAUGAGUUAUUGGUAUUAUGUUGGCGGAACGAAAGGAAAUCGCUUCUAAUUUCUUCAGUCAAACACGCAAUUGCGUCUAAUUUGUUAAACUAGAGGUCGUUUUCUUGUCCAUUUUGAUUGAAAUUUCAUCGAUACAAAAAUGUCGAUUUUCUGCUUUCUAAAUCGUAUUUUAUGGCGAUUUAGUGCCUACUCCUCGUAUAUAUCCUCUUCUAUUCAGCAUUGCGUGUUUGCUCAUCCUUCUGUUUGUUAUUAUCCUUCUAUACCUUCGCUUAUAAUUGGAAAAUCGAAACAGAGGACGCGAUCAGAGUCCGUCGCUUCGCAUCAGAUUCAUCUGCCGUUUCCGGAGAAGAUGAAGAUGAAUCUGCUCCCGCUUCUUUGCUUGCUCUUGCUAAUAUACGCACGAGUGUGUGUUUGCCAGGACAACAAACUUCUGGUGAACAUGACUCUGGUCCGCCGCGCUGCGGCGACCGGUGCCUUUUGCUUAGAUGGAAGCUUGCCGGCGUAUCAUCUGCACAGGGGAUUCGGGGCAGGAGCGAACAACUGGCUUUUACAGUUCGAGGGGGGUGGAUGGUGUAAUGAUGUAGCAUCAUGUCGGGAUAGAGCCAAGAGUCGGCGUGGAUCAACUCGUUACAUGAACAAGUUGGCGGUCUUUUCAGGAAUCUUAAGCAAUAAUGCAUAUUUAAAUCCAGAUUUCUACAACUGGAACCGUGUGAAGCUUAGGUACUGUGAUGGAGCUUCAUUUGCUGGGGAUGCAGUGUUUCGCAAUGGGACAUCAUUGCUUUAUUUCAAGGGACAAAAGAUAUGGGAAGCAAUUAUUCAUGAUCUACUCCCUAGAGGAUUAGGCAAAGCACAUAAGGCUUUGCUUUCAGGUUGCUCUGCAGGGGGAUUGUCAACAUUUUUGCAUUGUGCCAACUUCACUAGGCACUUGCCAAGGAAUGCUAGUGUGAAAUGCUUGAGUGAUGCAGGAUUUUUCCUUGAUGCACAAGACAUAAGUCACAAUUACUCAAUGAGAACCUUCUAUGAGAACCUUAUCUCUUUACAGGGUAUAGAAAAAAAUUUGGAUAAAAACUGCACGAGUUCUCCCCACCGUCCCACCGAUUGUUUCUUCCCACAGUACGCAUUGAAGUACAUCACAACACCGUUUUUUGUUUUAAACACAGCAUACGAUGUAUUCCAAUUUCAUCAUAUAUUGGUUCCUCCUUCCGCUGAUUUGCAAAGACACUGGUUUCACUGCAAGCUUAAUGUGACAGCAUGUAAUGCAGCACAGAUUAAUAUAUUACAAGAUUUUAGGCAAGAUAUGCUUGCAGCUUUGGAAUUUUUCUAUAAAAAUUCAACAAGAGGAGGGCUGUUUAUAAAUUCUUGCUUUGCUCAUUGCCAAAGUGAAUCACAAGACACAUGGUUUGCAAUUGACUCCCCGACAGUAAACAACAAGACCAUUGCAAAAGCAGUAGGGGACUGGUACUUCAGUAGGAACAUAAGCAAGGAGAUUGAUUGUCCAUAUCCUUGUGACAAAACAUGUCACAAUCUUAUUCCAUCGUCUCAGGUGACAAAUACAGGAAAUAGCACAAAAGAGAAAGCUAAUAGAGCAUUUUAUUUUUGUUUCUUUUUGUUAUAUCUUAUGUAUUUUAUUUAUUACUGAAUUGUAAUUGUAAACUUGUGUUAGUGAUAUUUUUUUUUUCAUUUUUAAGUUAGAUGUGUGUAAGUGGUGUCCAAGGGUGUCUAAUAAAAGUGAUGUAGAAUGAAGGGUUUGAAAAUUAAAUGAGAAAAAGUUUCUUAAAAUUUUU